AUGAAUGCAGGAUUUUAUCCGGAGUCCUCUGCUAGUGCACCAAAUGUUAGUUUCUAUAACGAUCCAUCAAAUUUCCUCAGCUGCGGCUGUCUCGGCUCACCAAAACAGGUCUGGCACAGUCUUUGCGAAUCACGGGAAAAAGAUAAUGGAAGAAGGUCAAAAAAUUGGAAAAAAUUGGAGGUGAAAGGCGUUCGUUCCCGAGUUACUACACUUUUAGCAAUGAUCCAACUAUGUGAACAUAUGAAGUACCGUCGUGAAACAUACCAUCGUGCCAUAGAUAUAUUCGAUCGUAUAAUGGCUGUAUUUGAUUUUGAAGCAAUGAAUAAAUCGGAAAUAAUUUUCACAGGGAUUUUCGCCGUCUUCAUCGCUUCCAAAGUAGAGGAACGGAAAAAAAACCACUGGAGAAAUAUAGCGGAUUACAUACGUCAAGUUUCUCCAUGCGAACGCAUGGAAUCAGAAAGUAUGCUCGAUCUCGAAAUGAAAAUAGUUACCAAUAUCAAUUGGUCAUUCAGAGCUAUAACUGCCUUAGAAUGGGCUAAAAUAUAUGCGCAUAUGAUGCGAGUUUAUACCAUAUAUAAGCGAAUUCGUAACCUGACCCUGACAUACCAAUCAACACCAACUAAGAAAAGAACAAAAGUAACAUGUGGAGCAGCCGAUGACGAAGAAGUGGACUUGUUCACAUGGGCACAACUGGAUGAUCUCGUUAUAGGUGAACCAUCGAUGCCUGUACAUUUGUGCAAUCGAAUUGCCAUCGCACAGGUUUUGGAUCUUUGUAUGAUAGAUCUUUGCAAUUUCAAUUUCACAUAUCGUCAGCUUGGAGCAGCGGCCUGUGUCUCGGUGUUGGGUUUUGAUUAUGAAAUAGCCUUAAGGAUUACAGGUCUCAAAAUGAAAGAUCUGCGCCCGGCAAUAGAUUUCGUGAAUUCACACCGACGAAUCUACAUGAAGUAUGUCCACGAGGAAGGUGCUAAUAUAGCCCCUCCAAGAGAAGAUGAACUACUACAAUGUUUCAAAGGAUUGGAUGAAGACGAGGAAAUUGAGGUAGUAGGAAUCAAACAUGAGGCACCCAAAAUUUCGGAAUCUACACAAACGUUGCUAAAAUGGGUGCCUGAAAUAGAAGUAUUGGCUUCACAGUUAAAGAAGGCUAGUCAUAGAACUCCCAAAAUAUCUGAAAUUACCGAUGAAGUGUGGGAGAGUACUGCAGAGAUGUCAGAGGGGCAAGGAUCAUCAAAUGCCUCAGCUAAAUUAAAAAAAAAACCGAGCAUAUUCGUAUCAGAUUCAGAAGUGUCAUUGUUAGAAAUAAAUGUCAAUUCUCCAAACUUCCGGGAAAUCUCCAUGGUGGCCAAUAUACCUGAACAACAAAGGUUAAGAAUUUUAUCGCCUGAUGGCAGAAGUAAAAGAGAAAUUCGCAAGCCUGCCUAUACUAUCCUUAAAAAGAAGCCUUCCCAUGUUAUCCUUAAAAAGAAAGAACAAUUUCCUAGCACAUCAUCUACAGCAAUAAAGAUACCCUUUCAUUCUCCGCCACCUCCAAAGGAACCGAAAUACAGAAAAAUCAUUGAGAUGGAGUGUGGAUGUGGAUGCGAAAAACGAAGUAUACUUAACGACAUGAAUGAACUGGAGAAAAUGAUCAGUUCAUUUACAUAUCACAAGCGAAAAGGGAAAACUAUGGGAAAAAUAUUUAUAACCAAACGUAACCAACAGGGUGAAAUAAAAGUACGCCGUGAAAUCCCUAUCCCUCAUCCGACUGAAGCUCUGGAAAAGCAAAUGGCAAGGUAUUAUACGCAGUCCUUUCCCCUUGAAACACAAAAAACGAAGCGUGUCAUAAAGUAUUUACAACGAUUUUGGAUGGAGUACGAAAAUCAUCAGCUGUGCAGGGGUCGACAUUCCCAUUCGGUACCACGGCAGAGUGGACGUACAAGUGCAAAUCAACGAAGAAAAUCCGGAUGA